CUAAAAUAAACGUCUAAUUCUACAAGUUUCUGAUCGUUGAAGUGUUUGUCACACAGCUGUCAUUUCCUUCCAUCCGUAUUUUGGUAUUUUGUCUAUGAUCUCAAUUGAUCGAAUUUCCAUCUCCAUCUGAACAACGAAAUAUAGAAAACAAUAUAGAAAAUUUGAAAUAAAAAUUAUUAAAUAUUAACAUUACAAAGAUUAAAGAUGGGUGAGCACAUGAAAACGAAUCCUGGUGAAUUUGCUGAAUACAUACAAUCGAUACUAAAAUUAAACGCAUUAGAAAAAAUGACCGAAGAUUUGGAUAAAGAAUUGGAAGAUUCUCAAAAAAUUAUGAUGGAAAUAAAAUCCAUGUACGACUCUGUAUCUACAGUGCCCGGAAAUUACGAGCAACCUGCUAACAAUGAGAUGCGACAUGAGAACAUAUCAAAGUUCUUGGAAACCGGCCCUCCAAAGUUGUUGAUGCCAGAUAUGGCUGAAGACAACAUGGAUGUUGAUAUUGAUGAAGCUAUUUCCUCUCUGAAGGGCUACGCCGAGCGUCUGAAACAAUCUCUAAUUGCGUUGGAACACCAACCUCCCAGGCCUUCAGGAAUGAUUGAUCUUAACUUGGACCAAUAUGCACAGAGCUUAGACCAGCUUGGCAAACGUUUGGCCAACAUGAAAUUGAACAAAAAUGAUGAUGUAAAAUUGAGAAAUGCAGAACUUGAGGCUAAACUGCAGCAGCUUUGUGGAGACGUUAACAUGUUUACAAAGUUGGUUGACUCCAAGAAAACUCUCAGUGAGAGCAACCAGAACUGGACUGAAAGCCGGCAGGAUGGGUAUGAGUUGCAGUAUGACAAUAUUAUAAAAAAAUUGAUCUCUGAUCUAAAUGAAGUCCUAUAUCUGCUGCAGAACAAAGCUUAAAUGGUUAAUGUUGUUUUUUUUUUAUUAUGGAUCUCUAUUGUUUGUUGUCGAAGCACAGCUUUUUGUAGAGUGGGGUUCUUAACCCAUGUUUUAGUUUCACUCAAAUUAUUUUGCUUCUAACCACCAAAAUGAAAUUGUUAUUUGAAAUGAAUUUUAUAAGAAUAAGGAACAAUAUGAAUUAAUCUCAAGUAGAGCCGUAAUAGUGAGUCAUGUAAAAAAAUCCACAGAAAAAAUAUAGUACACAUUAUGAUUUUUGAGAAAUUUGAUGUAAAAAUUAUGAUCCAGUGAUCUUUUUAUUAAAUUGUGAUUUUAUAGAUAUAGAUUAUAGUUUACUUAGUAAGAUGUACGUGUUGGCUGCAUGGCCAUGUAUCUUAAUAUUAUUAGUGUUAGUAAUGAAAUAAGUAAUCUCUUAUUUGCAAAUAAAAAGUCAGUAUUUU